CAAGAAGCAAGAGACAAGGUGAAGGAGGAGGGCUGGUUCGGUUCUGCUGUCCCCCAUGGAGAAAACUACAAAAGCUUCUCCUUCUUCUCUGAGAUGGAGCAUCCUGCGACGAGCUCUCCUCCCCCACCGUCUCUCCCAAGAUGAUGAGCAGUCUCGAGCCGACGUAGAUCACGUUUCGAGGAGGAAGAACAGUCGCGGCUUCAACUUGAUACCCUUUGAAGCGGCGACCCAGCAAGGCGAUUCGGCUUCUUCUCCCUCGACAGCGGAAGCGAGGCGUGCCGUUGUUCGCUACACAUUGCCCGUCGAUAAUUGUCCCAGACUGUUGCUCACUCAGAGACUGGAGAAUCAAGCUGAUCUUCAUGAUUUUGAGAUCUGCAAUAUGUAUAAUGUUGACAACACUGGACUUGUUUGUCCUUGGCCAUCAGAAGAAGUACUCGCAUAUUUUUGUCUGUCACAUGCAGACAUGUUCCGGUGUAAAAAAGUUAUUGAGCUCGGUUCAGGCUAUGGCUUUGCUGGGUUAGUCAUUGCAGCAGCCACUGAAGCAUCAGAAGUGGUAAUAUCUGAUGGAAACCCUCAAGUAGUUGAUUAUAUCAAAUGCAACAUUGAUGCCAACUUGAAAAUGUUCGGUGGAACAAAAGUAAUGCCUAUGAUGUUGCACUGGAAUCAGACGGAAGUUUCUGAAAUCACCAACAGUUAUGACAUCAUUGUUGCUAGCGACUGCACCUUUUUCAAGGAAUUCCACUCUGACCUUGCUCGGAUGAUCAAAUCCCUGUUGAAGCGACCUGGGCCAUCAGAGUCUAUACUUCUCAGUCCAAAAAGAGGAGACUCGCUGGACAAGUUUCUGGAUGUGAUAGCUAAAGAAGGCCUACUCUUCAGCGUUACAGAGAACUACGACUCAGAAAUUUGGAAACGUCAUCAAGGCUUUGUCAAUGGUGAUGACUCCUGGCCUGGCUAUGAGAAAGAUCAUUGCUAUCCAUUACUUGUCAGAAUUAUGCCAUGAACCUCUGGAGCCCUUUUCCUAGUCCUCUCAUCCUCCUGCCUUUACCAAGUCAGAGAAACUACUGUUCAUUGAGUGAUCUGUCGAGAGAUUCCUGAGUAUUGGUCUUGUGAAUAAUCUAUUGUUUAGUUGUUACCGCUUCUCUGCAGCUCCUUAAAUGUGCUUGGCUGAUUAAAUCAUAGCAUCGCUAGUUAUCUUUUACAUAGUA